UUUGGUGAUAACAACAUUUCCAUUAGCCCUCUCUAUCAAUUCUUCUAAGAGACAUGUCAAGUUCCCAUUGUGUUGAGAAUCCACCCAACCUGAACUCAAGUUUCAAUGGAGUUGGGGCAGUCCUUCAACUUGGAGGACUUCAAUCUUAUGUCACUGGUCCCCCUCAUUCUAAAUUGGCACUCAUCUUAAUUUCUGAUGUCUUUGGGUAUGAAGCACCAAAUUUAAGAAAACUUGCAGACAAAUUAUCAACAUCUGGAAUUUUGGUUGUUGUUCCUGAUCUUCUAUACGGUGACUACUUCGAAAUUGAUAAUCCACAAUUCGAUCGAGUUUCAUGGUUAAAUGCUCAUGGAAUGGAUAAGGCAAGUGAAGAUACUAAACCUUUAAUAGCUGCUCUAAGGAGUAAAGGUGUUACAUCCAUAGGGGCUGCAGGUUUCUGUUGGGGAGGUGUCGUGGUUGCAAAAUUAGCAGUCUCUGGUGACAUUAUUCAGGCUGCAGUUAUUUUACAUCCUGGUGCAAUCUCAGAUAAAGAAUUUAAUGAUAUUAGGGUUCCUAUUGCUUUAUUGGGAGCAGAAAUUGAUGAUUUUUUCCCAAAAGAAAAGUUGAAGCAAGCUGAAGAAUUGUUGUCUGCAAAAGCAGAGAUAGAAAGCCUUGUGAAGUUGUACCCUGGUGUUACUCAUGGUUGGUCAGUGAGGUAUAAUAUUGAAGACGAAGUUGCGGUUAAGAAUGCAGAAGAAGCUCAUGAGGACAUGUUGAAUUGGUUUAUCAAGCAUGUCAAUUGAAUCUCAACAUAAUGAUGUAUACAUAGAAAGAAACUCACAAAUAAUAAAUGUAUUUCCUUAAUUUAGUGGGGUAAUUAUGAGAUGAAUUUAUAUAGUAAAAAAUAUUUUAAAAAAAGUCUUUUAGUUUUAAAAUCACAUUAAUAAUUCCCCUUAUCAGAGUAAUCAUUCUCUCAAUAAAUGCUAAUUUAUAAUGUGAUAAAUACUACUUAUUUAUUAUUCACAUCUACCA